CCAGGCGGCGUAGGAAGCCGGGCGAGGUCCUUCUCGCAGGAAAGCCCCGCGCGGCGCGUGGAGCCUGAACUCGCAGGUUCUGGCUGGAUUUCUUGAAGCUGAGGAGAAGCAGAGGGACCUGGCUUCUGAUUUUGGAUCUGCGUGCUUGCUAGUUCUGGGGCCUGCUGGACUAGUUCCUGAAACCUAGGACUUGGGGUUUGCACCUGCUUUUCUUUUGAAGUUGCUGGAGAGGGAGCCCAGGACAUUGUGCAGGCACCUUUUGUGUCCCCAAUGGGGCGGCUUUGCACCAAGUUCCUGACCUCUGUGGGCUGUCUGAUUUUGCUGUUGGUGACUGGCUCUGGGAGCAUCAAGGUCCUGGGUGAGCCCACCUGCUUCUCUGACUACAUCCGCACUUCCACAUGUGAGUGGCACCUGGAUAGCACUGUGAACUGCAGUUCUCAGCUCCACCUGGACUACAGGCUGCUGCUCUUCGAGUUCGCUGUAAACCUCACAUGCAUCCCGAGGAACAGUGCCAGCACCGUGUGUGUGUGCCACAUGGACACAAAUGCGCCCGUCCAAACAGACGAGUACCAGAUGGAGCUAUGGGCUGAGCACAGACAGCUGUGGCAGGGCUCCUUCAGUCCCAGUGGUAAUGUGAGGCCCCCAGCUCCAGACAACCUCACACUCCACACCAAUGUCUCCAACGAAUGGCUGCUGACAUGGAAUAACCCGUACCCAUCGAAUAACUUACUGUACGAAGACCUCAUCUACAUGGUCAACAUCUCCAGAGAGGACAACCCUGCAGAAUUCAUAGUCUAUAAUGUGACCUACAAGGAACCCAGGCUGAGCUUCCCGAUCAACAUCCUGACGUCAGGGCUGUACUAUAGGGCACGUGUGAGGGUCAAAGUGCAGACGUUCACGGGCACCUGGAGUGAGUGGAGUCCUGACAUCACGUGGUACAACCCAAGUAAUGAAAAUCUGUGACUGUGUGACCUUGGGGGCUCCAGUGGUGAGGAGAACUCACGGGACUCCUGGAGCAGUGUAGCUGGCGUGUCAAAAGCAGAAACGCAGGAGAUGGACUUCCAGCCACCCCUGAUACAGCGCCUCCCACUGGGGGUCACCAUCUCCUGCCUCUGCAUCCUCCUGUUUUGCUUGUUCUGUUACUUCAGCAUUACCAAGAUUAAGAAGAUAUGGUGGGACCAGAUUCCCACCCCAGCACGCAGUCCCUUGGUGGCCAUCAUCAUUCAGGAUGCACAGGUGCCCCUCUGGGAUAAGCAGACCCGAAGCCAGGAGUCAACCAAGUGCCCGCGCUGGAAGACUUGUCUAGCCAAGCUGCUGCCCUGCUUGCUGGAGCACAGAGUAAAGAAGAAGACAGAAUUCCCGAAGGCUGCCCCAACCAAGUCUCUCCAGAGUCCUGGAAAGGCAAUCUGGUGUCCUAUGGAGGUCAGCAGGACCGUCCUCUGGCCAGAGAAUGUUAAUGUCAGUGUGGUGCGCUGUAUGGAGCUGUUUGAGGCCCCCGUACAGAGUGUGGAGGAGGAAGAAGAUGAGACGGUCAAAGGGGACCUGAGCAUGUCACCUGAGAACAGCGGAGGCGGCUUCCAGGAGAGCCAGGCAGACAUCAUGGCCCGGCUCACUGAGAACCUGUUUUCGGACUUGUUGGAGGCUGAGAAUGGGGGCCUUGGCCAGUCAGGCUUGGCAGAGUCAUGCUCCCCUCUGCCUUCAGGAAGUGGGCAGGCUUCUGUGUCCUGGACCUGCUUCCCUGUGGGGCCCAGUGAGGAGGCCACAGGCCAGGUCACAGAGCAGCCUUCACACCCAGGCCCUCUUUCAGGCAGCCCAGCCCAGAGUGCACCUACCCUGGCUUGCACACAGGUCCCACUUGUCCUUGCAGACAAUCCUGCCUACCGGAGUUUUAGUGACUGCUGCAGCCCGGCCCCAGAUCCUGGAGAGCUGGCUCCAGAGCAGCAGCAGGCCACACAUCUGGAAGAAGAGGUCCCUCGAAGCCUGGCUGUCCUCCGUUCUUCAGGACCACCAAUGCAGCAAGUGGAGAGCUGGGAGCAGAUUCUUCACAUGAGUGUCCUGCAGCAUGGGGCAGCUGCUGGCUCUGCCCCAGCCCCUGCCGGUGGCUACCAGGACUUUGUGCAGGCAGUGAAGCAGGGUGCUGUUCAGGAGCCUGGGGUGCCUGGUGCCGGGCCUUCCGGAGACCCCGGUUACAAGGCCUUCUCGAGCCUGCUUGGCAGCAAUGGUGUCCGCACGGACACAGCAGCAGCGGGGACUGAUAGUGGGCAUGGAGGCUACAAGCCCUUCCAGAAUCCUGUUCCUAACCAGUCCCCGAGCUCCGUGCCCUUAUUUACUUUCGGACUAGACACAGAGCUGCCGCCCAGUCCUCUGAACUCAGACCCACCCCAAAGCACCCCAGAAUGCCUUGGUCUGGAGCUGGGGCUCAAAGGAGGUGACUGGCUGAAGGCCCCUCCUCCUGCAGAUCAGGUGCCCAAGCCCUUCGGGGAUGACCUGGGCUUUGGCAUUGUGUACUCGUCCCUCACCUGCCACUUGUGCGGCCACCUGAAGCAACACCACAGCCCGGAGGAAGGAGGCCAGAGCCCUGUCCUUGCUAGCCCUGGCUGUGGCUGCUGCUACGAUGACAGAUCACCAUCCCUGGGGAGCCUCUCGGGGGCCUUGGAAAGCUGUCCUGAGGGAAUGCCACCAGAAGCCAACAUCAUGUCAGCACCCAAGACACCCUCAAACUUGUCAGGGGAGGGAAAGGGCCCUGGUCACUCUCCUGUUCCCAGCCAGACCACUGAGGUGCCUGUGGGCACCCUGGGCAUUGCUGUUUCUUAGGUGAGUGGGUGAGUGAGUGAGUGGGUGAGUGAGUGUGCUAUUGUUGCUGAGAUCUGAGCUGAGACCAGGGUUCCUCCAAGCCAGGGAAGUACUUCCUGCGAGACAGCCCAGCUGGCAGGCUUCCCAGGAACCCAGAGAAUGGUGAAUUGAAGAUGUGAACUUUGCCUGACCCUGGACGCUCGGAGCCUGACUGUCUCCUCUUCCACUGGCCUGGGCUCUCCUCUCUCACGAAGGAUGCAGGGGCUCCCUGUUCUUGGUCCCACAGCAGUGCUGACUUCCCUAAGUCCCGGGCUCUCCUAGCUGUCGUCCUACCUGCUCGGGCCCAUUUUAUCCACUGAAUACACCUGUCACUCAAGGCUCUCAGCAGUCCCGCCAUAGCUACUGCACGCUCCCAGCUGGAAGCUGGGCCUAGAAACUCACAGAUGGCCUGGCAGUGGCAUGAGAGGCCCUAAAAAUGAGUGGAAAUUUUAAUUCGAGAGAGGACAUUCAUUGAACAGCCAGGACUGGGACUCGAGGCAGAGCCUGCUCUCCUCGCUUCGCUCAGUUGUGGAAAGCAACGAGGACACAAACUUGAUUGCCCAAAGUCACUGCCAGUCACCCACAUAUGACCAGAAGCCAAGGCUCCUGGGAUGUGGAAGAUAAACACAGCUGCUGGGUGGCAGGGCCCAGUGGGCACCACCGCUGGCAGCCAGGGCGAGAGACCAUGAGGGAACUGUGGGGCUGGUCCUGGUUGGUGGUCAGGUGGUAGGGAUGGCAGACGCCUGACUGCAGUCUGACUGCGUUCUGGAAGACAGGACCAGGCUCAGCACUGUCUGUGCACGUCCCCACUAUUGCGACACCUAGUCUGUUUGCACGGAGGACAGGACAGGUCACAUGGAGCUUUAUGUCAAUAAAGAUCUUGUCAGUUUUCCUUUAUUGCACACACGCCAAGCCCACAGUGCACGACGGCUGAAAUGUGAAGGCAUGGGGGUGGGGGGAGACAAGGCCCCAGCAGUUGGUUUAAGGGAAUGACAUGGGAAUGGGGCAGAGCUGUGGCUAUUCCAUCCCUCAUCCUUACCCUCCUGCUGCCACAGCUUGUGCCCAUGUGUGCCUGUUCAGAGGAGGGAGUGGAGGACCUUUCCAGGGCAGGGGUCCUCCUCUGUCCCUCACCUUUAGGCUAGAGAUGUUGGAUGUUCCUUAGCACACAGAAGGCGUGAUGCUGGCCGCUAAGUGUUGCUGAAUGUGGCCAGGCAUUGACAUCAGUAGGCCCCAUAUCUUAGGCAAGGGAAUUGGGGUGUGGCAACCUGCCAGAUCAGCACAGAACUUGAAUAUGAUGUUCAGAAGGAGAGACAGAGAGAGACAGAUCGCUUAGGGAGGCUCGAAGGAGGCCACUUUUGAAAUGAGCUCGUGGUAUCUGCAAAAAGCCAGGAAGAACACAGAGCAUGCAGCAGGCGACUCAUGUGUGAAAUUUGAAGCACGGGGAUCUGGUGUGGUCACAGCCUCAGAGAUGAGGGUCCUGGUGUGAUGGGGACGGGUAUGCAGUUAGAUACUGGCGUACCUUAGUUCUGCCUCCUGAGAGUAGAAGCCAGCCUCAGACGUUCACCUCUCAGAACCUUGUCUUUUCAAAGACAACGUCCCACUGUGGCUCAGAUGGGCCUCCAGCAACACCCGGUCUCCUGAGUGCUAGGAUCACAGAUGUGUGCUGCUACACCCAGCUUCCCAGAACUGUCUUACCACAGCCCCAAGCAGGGGAGGAGAGGAAAUGGAGCCAUCCAAGAUCUACCUCCUGUGGGCGUCCCUCUUGCCUGGCUGAAGGAGAAGUCUGGGUUUAAAAUCCCCAUUGCUCAGACUUGCAUCCUGGAGGGAAAUGACUCCCACAGGAAUGAGCUGGCUGUCCCAAGGAAACUUCCCACUGUUGGAACUUCCUCUGUAAAGUACCCCCUUGCAGCUGGGCAUGGUGGUGCCUGUCUUUAACAGUGGUUGAGAGCCAGGGAGUUUGAGGCUUAGCCUAGGCUUUUACAGUGAGAUCCUGGUCAAUAAACCCAGCUUCCCAGUCCAGCACUUGACCUUCAAGCUCUGACCUCUGGAUUAGCCCAGGAUUUGUUCACAGGUCCUCUGCCUUCCACCCUCUUCCACCACCUGCACCCGCUCCCCUCAUUUGCAACCCAGGAAGCUGCUAAGAUCUGUGUGGUAGCCCUGGCUCCAUUACCACCCUCUUGCCAUCUCCUGGGUGACUGAGAGAACUUAGGGACCAGAGUGAAAGGUACAAGCCUGAGGCACUUGGGAUUCCCUGCCCUGCUGUUGCCUUGCCUCCGGUCUGCCGUCAUUAAUAUAGGAGGUGCCAGCCUGUGCCCUCCUGGCUCCCAUACUCACUAGCACCCAUCGAGAGUUCCAACCCUCACUAGUCUUGUCUCUUCAUUCUAUUCAAGUAUUUAUCAAGAAACUUCUCCCUGAGAGGCAAUUGUUAAAUUUUCUCAGAUUGUGAGCACAAAUCAAAAAUUUUAUUUCAAAUCUGCAGAAAGAGAAUCAGGAUUCACGGAGAAAUGUGUGUGCUGGUUACAUUUCGCAACUGGCAAAAGACCCAGAGAAUCAGCCUAUAGGAGAGGCCUGUUUUGGCUCGUGGUUCAGAGUAUUCCUCCCACCACAGUGAAGAUAGCAUGGUGGCCUCAGGGACUCUCUGCUGUGGAAAGAACUUGCAGUGGGGCUUGUCCGUACCCUAGGGAAAGGAACUGGA